AUGAAACGCGCGUUAGUCUUUUCUGGCCAGGGAGCCCAUCGCCAGGGAAUGUCUAUGGAAUACCUGCGCGUUCCCGCGGUUGCUCGACUCUGGGAAAAGAUGAAGGACCAGAUGAUGCAGAAAUAUGGCAUUUCUCUACAGGAGGUCAUGACAGUGAACCCACAAAAGAUACAUGUGCGCGAUGACGCACUGGACGUAAGUGUAAUUUGCAAAAGAGGUUCUUUGGAGGAUCGAAACGUGGCUGAGUCAGCUCCGCGGAAAAAGUUUUUUUCAUCCCAAGAAGGGGUCAUGUCGCUGACGUUUUUAACACAACCAUGCAUGUUGGCAGCGCAUAUGUUAGCACUGGAGUAUCUCCGUUCGACACGGGGGUAUUCGGUCGAAUCUGCCCUUGUCAUUGCUGGUCACAGUCUUGGAGAAUUUUCAGCCCUGUGUGCAUUAGGUAUUUUUUCACCUGAAGUCGCGGUUGAUCUUGUAUACAAGCGUGGAGUCUUAAUGGAUUACGCUCUUGAGCAGUUUUCAGCAAAUCGUGAUGAUUACGUCAUGUACGCCUGUCAUCCCGGAAGGGCGAAACUCUGCGAAGAGGACUUGGAUGUUGCGGUCGAUCAGUUUCACGUACUUGUGGAGCUCGUGGCUCGAGCUCUUUCCGCUACAACCUCAUUCGUGGAGGUUGUAAAUUAUAACAUUGAUCACGAGCAGUAUGUUGUUGCGGGAGAUCGAGUGGGGCUGUCCGCUCUGGGGAAAUGUCUGGAUCCGCAGUUUCGAGCGAGUGUUUGUGGCCCAUCCUCUUCUUUGGAUCACAUUGCACGCACAGCCGUGUCGUCCGUCUGGCAGGAUAAAAAGGAUGGUGUCACGAUGCACCCCAAUAAGGGGCCUUUACCGGAUUUCGUAACGUCAUCCGUGAAAAAAUACGGUGUACGCUCGACGUUUCGUCGCUUUUUGCGGGGUCCAGACGAUGGGUACACGCCAUCACUGGAGGAACUAACGCAUCUGACUCUUCAGGAGGAUGGACGAAGUGGGCUAAAAAAAAAGUCAUGGUUUGUUCCUCUUCCUGUAAAUGUCCCGUUUCACAGCAGCCGGCUUCGCCGGGCGAUGGAUCUUUUCUUGCCUGUAGUUCAAGAUGCGAUGCCGGAGGAAGAUGUGCUGCGCUCCAUGCUGGGUGUGGCUGCAAAGCCCCUUGAGGAGUCCAAUUCAGCUUUCUGCACUUCAGCCA